AUGACUUCAAACUCGACUGGAUCCGUGGAUCCAAAAUACAUGAUGAAGUCUGAAGUGUUUUCUCAUCCAGAGACUGAUGUCGACACCGAAAUGGGCUCCACUGAAAAUGUUCCUGCUGGGGAAGAAUUGAAAAGGAACAUGAAGGGGCGCCAUAUCAAUAUGAUAGCUAUCGCUGGUAUGAUCGGAACAGGCCUGUUUCUGAGUUCCGGGGCUACAAUCGCUCAAGCUGGUCCCGCUGGUGCAUGGCUUGCAUACAUUUUCAUGGGAUUUGUGACCGCAGGGGUUAGCUAUACGACUGGAGAGAUCACUGCGUUCAUGCCAGUGACUGGUGGGUUCGUGCGUCAUGCUACGGCAUUUGUAGAGCCUGCUCUAGGAGCCGCGACUGGAUGGAACUUUUGGUACACAAUGGCUAUCUCAGUGCCGGCGGAACUAAGUGCAGCUGCGACACUCAUUCAAUUCUGGGAUUCGACCACAAAUCCAGCGGUUUGGAUUACUGUGUUCUUGGUCGUGAUAGUAUGCCUCAAUUUCUGUGGUGUGCGAAUGUAUGGUGAAUCCGAAGUCAUUUUCGCUUCCAUGAAGAUUGCUCUCAUCAUUGGUUUGAUUAUUGCAGGACUAGUCGUUGAUCUUGGUGGGGGACCAAAAGGAGAACGACUAGGGUUCACUUAUUGGAAAUCUCCAGGGGCAUUCAAUGAAUAUCUAGUCAGUGGCAACACAGGGCGAUUUCUGGCGUUCUGGUCCUCUCUCAUUAGCGCUGCCUUUAGUUAUGGCAAUGUUCAAGUAGUGGCACUUUCGGGUACUGAAACAGGAAAUCCCCGAAAGAUAAUCCCAGAAGCCACGAAGAAGACAUUUUUCCGUGUCUUCUUCUUUUAUGUUUUGAGCAUCUUAAUAGUAGGAAUGAUUGUUCCAUACGAUAGUGAAGCUCUAUCUGUUUCUACCGGAACAGCUGCCUCAUCUCCAUUUGUUAUUGCUUUUAAAGCCGCUGGAAUCAAGGUUCUGCCAUCUAUAAUUAACGCUGUGGUCUGUACAUCUGCUAUCAGUAGUGGAUCUGCUUGUAUCUUUCUGGCGUCUCGUACACUUUAUGGUUUAAGUGCAGAUGGUCAUGCUCCAAAGAUCUUUAUGAGGUGCAAUCGAUUUGGGACCCCGUGGUAUGCCGUUGGUCUGAGUGUCCUCCCAUCACCUCUUGUGUACAUGGUCGUUAGUAACCAGGCAUCUGUUGUGUUUGGGUGGUUUGUAAACAUUACUACGGUGGCGGGACUGAUUGGAUGGGUCGUCAUUGAAGUUACAUAUCUCAGGUUUUUCUAUGCCCUGAAGCAGCAGGGUAUUUCUCGAGAUUCUUUGCCUUACAAGGGCCCCUUCCAGCCUUACGUGGCAUGGAUCACAGGAUUUAUGGUCUUUCUGAUUGUGCUUUUCUCUGGGUAUGCGGUAUUUUUCCCCGGGAAUUUCACUGCUUCUGGGUUCUUGACAUAUUAUAUUAAUAUUGCAAUCUUUUUCGUUCUUUAUGUGUUUUUCAAGAUUUUCCUCAAAUCAAAAAUCAUUCCACUAGAGAGCAUACACUUUGAAGCCGAGCUAGAGUCAAUACGCAGAUGGAAGUAUACAUCCGAGCUCAUGAAAGAGGACCAAAGUCUCGCGAAAAGACUGUGGAAUAAAAUAUCUGGUGGACAUUGUUCCUUGCCUUCACUUCUUGACAACAAACUGAUUAACUUCUCGUUUGAUCAUGCUUUCCGUACUCCCAGUAUGACCUCUAAACUAUUGGGGACCAUUGGAAUCACUGGUGUUGUUGCAGAUAACUUCCCAGACUGUGUGAACGGUCCUUUGGCCAAUAACACAGUAUGUGAUACGAGUUCAGACCCAUACACAAGAGCUGCAGCGCUGAUAUCAUUAUUUACCUUCGCCGAGAAAGUCAACAAUACGGGGAAUACAAGCCCUGGAGUUCCAAGGAUAGGGCUUCCAUCAUACGAAUGGUGGAAUGAAGCACUACAUGGCAUCGCUCGUAGUCCUGGGACCACUUUUGCAGCUGCUGGUUCAAAUUUCUCUUACUCGACGUCGUUUCCUCAACCAAUAUUGAUGGGAGCUGCAUUCGACGAUGACUUAAUUCACAAAGUAGCCACUCAGGUCUCUACAGAAGCAAGAGCUUUCAACAAUGUUAAUAGAUUUGGCCUUAACUUUUGGACUCCCAACAUCAACCCUUACAAAGAUCCUCGAUGGGGCCGUGGUCAAGAAACUCCUGGCGAAGAUCCAUUUCAUACUUCUAGCUAUGUGAAUGCUCUCAUAACUGGACUUCAAGGUGGACUCGAUGAUCUACCCUACAAGAAAGGAGUGGCGACUUGCAAACAUUUUGCAGGUUAUGAUCUUGAGGAAAGUGAUGGAGUUAUAAGAUAUGGAUUUGAUGCUAUUAUCAAAUCUCAGGAUCUUAGAGAUUAUUAUCUGCCUCCAUUUCAGCAGUGUGCCAGAGAUUCAAAUGUUCAGAGCGUUAUGUGUAGUUAUAACGCAGUGAAUGGGGUCCCCACAUGUGCGGAUGAUUGGUUGUUGCAAACACUUCUGAGGGAACACUGGGGAUGGACGGAAGAAGACCAGUGGGUAACUGGCGACUGUGGUGCCCUCCAAUUUAUCUGGGAUUCUCACAAUUACACAUUAGCUCCCGAGCAAUCAGCCGCAGAUGCACUAAAUGCAGGGACGGAUCUCGAUUGUGGUAAUUUCUGGCCAACCUACUUAGAAUCAGCAUAUGAACAAGGUCUCUACAAUAUAUCCACACUUGACAGAUCCCUCACCCGCCGCUAUGCGUCGCUAGUUCGGCUCGGAUACUUUGAUUCACCAUCUAUUCAGCCUUAUCGCCAACUUAACUGGGAUAACGUUUCCACACCCGCCGCUCAACAACUCGCACUGCAGGCAGCGGAAGAAGGAAUUGUUCUACUCAAAAAUGACGGACUGCUUCCACUGACAUCAAAUAUCACGAAUGUGGCAUUGAUUGGGCCAUUGGCUAAUGCCACGAAACAAAUGCAGGGGAAUUACUAUGGUACAGCUCCAUACUUACGUUCUCCAUUGAUUGCAGCACAGAAUGCAGGAUUCAAAGUUACGUAUGUACAGGGUGCAGAUAUCGAAUCUCAAAAUACAACAGAAUUCUCAGCAGCUUUAUCUGCUGCACAAAGCGCUGAUCUUGUCAUAUAUUUUGGUGGAAUAGAUAAUUCCAUCGAGGCAGAGGAGAUAGACCGAACAUACAUCUCCUGGCCUUCAACCCAACUAUCUCUAAUUAAUCAGCUUGCCAACCUCUCUACUCCCCUCAUCGUCUCCCAAAUGGGCUGCAUGGUAGACUCCUCCUCCAUCCUCUCAGAUACUGGAGUAGAUGCACUACUUUGGGCCGGUUACCCUGGUCAAGAUGGUGGAACCGCUGUCUUCAACAUUCUCACCGGAAAAACGGCACCCGCAGGUCGUUUACCAAUUACCCAGUAUCCCAGCAACUACGUGGACCAAGUCAAGAUGACCGAUAUGAACCUACAACCUAGCAGAUUCAACCCCGGAAGAACUUACAAAUGGUACGACGGAACGCCCGCUUUCGAAUACGGAUAUGGAUUGCAAUACACGACAUUUGACGUCAAAAUUACUCCCCCAUCAUCUAACAAUACUUUUGAAAUUUCUGAAUUACUCGCAAAUGCAUCGAAUUAUAAAGAUCUGACACCUUUCCUCACAAUUCCUAUCACCGUCUCUAACACCGGUACCGCAACAUCAGAUUACGUGGCUCUCUUCUUCUUGAAUGGAACCUUUGGACCAGCACCAUAUCCUAAAAAAUCAUUGGUUGCAUAUACCAGACUUCAUGAUAUUACUGGAGGUGCGGAUGCAACUGCGGAAGUCAGUUUGAAUCUUGCGAGCUUGGCAAGGGGAAAUUGGAAUGGAGAUUUAAUUCUAUAUCCGGGUGAUUAUAAAGUCGUGGUUGAUAUUGAUGGCAAGGAUGAGUGGACUUUCACCUUGACAGGGGAGGAGGCACUUUUGGAUAGUUGGCCUGAGAAGAAGGAAAGUAUCAAGGUGCAAGAAGUGGGUGCUAGAAUAGAGUUAUGA